AUGGUUAGAACUAUUUACUCACCCGAAUAUUGUCUGCAAUAUUUAGAACAGUUUGCGUCUCAAGAAAUUUUCGUUACAGGAUUAAUUCUGGGACAGAUUACUAGCUCUCGCGAAAAUGUUAUACAUCUAGCUCGAACGCCAGAAGAAAAAAGUACAGACAACGUAACCGAAGAAAGUUUCACUUCGGACAAACAAGAACCCGUAAAAAAUUUACUUGGAGUCUCUGAGGCAUGGGUUGCCGAUCAUGCCAAACACGUGACAAGAAUGUUACCGGGUGGUGUGUUUGUUCAAGGUAUUUUUAUUACAAGUGAUGAAGACAUUUUUGAAGAACCCAACUAUUUUAGCAAAGUGAAGUCUAUUUUAAAUUAUAUGUACAGAGUACUAAACAGUAAUCAGUAUAUGUUUGCCAACUGUCCCUACUCCAAUGAAAGGUUGAUCUUACACAUGUCAACAAGCACAAAAGUACUAACAUGCAAAAGUGUAGAAAUAGGUGGACUAAACAAGAAUACUUCAAUUAAACCAGUUGAAUGGAAAUUUUUGUCUAAACCACAGCAAUGGCAGAGGUUAGACUGUUAUUAUGAGUUUGAUGAUGUUUACCCUGUAAUUGUAAAGAACAGUGGCAUUUCAGUUAAACAACAGUUUCAGAAAAUACUGGAGUCUGCACAUAAAAUAAUUGAUUCAAGUGUGAUGUUCAUUGACGGUGAAUUGAAAGAUGGUUCGGAGCAGUUGGAACAAAUCAUAAAAAAGAAAAAAUCAAAAAACAACACCAAAACUUCACAAGACUUGCCUAAGUCUAUGCAUGUGUCAUUAUUUGUGCCAUUUGAGAAUGCCCUCCCUGAAACUGUGGAGUAUUUGGAAUGUGAUGGCAGUAUACACUUUAGCGGUGUAGUAUCUUCGAGUGUGUUUGUGUAUCCUAAGGCAACAGUUAGUGAAGCAAUUGCAGCAGUGAAACAAGAUAUUAUAAGAUCAUUAGCAUCUCGUUUUACUAUGCACUGUGAUGCGCUAAUUGAUGAUAAUUUACUUCCUGAAGAGAAAGUUUGUUUUAAUGAGCCUCCACGGCGUGUGUUGGUGCCAGUUGGGUCACUAUAUCUCUGUGACUAUCUUUUCCCUGGGGAAGCUCCAGCAGAAGCCCUACUAUCCGUUAGAGAGUUAUUGGAUUUGCAGAUAACCGAAACUGAUGUGAUUUGUGACAUUGAAACACCAGCAGAUACGUCGGAGUUUGAUGCUCUUGAUCGAGACACGAGCAGUGAAGAACUUUUAGCCACUCCACAAGAAGCAAGCCAGUUUAUGUACAUUACAGGCAUUUGCUUUGCCAUGUUUGUAUUGUUGGUCUCUAUUUUAGUUCACUAUUAUGAUGGUAUUGUAGAUUUUAUAGUUGUCGGCGCCCGGCACCUUCCUUCCUUGUUUGGGUUGAGUCGAGCUCAUGGAUAUAUUGUUAAAGUCAAAAUUUUUCCAGGUGAGAGCAAAUAUGAAACCACCUUGCAAGAAAGUUCUUGGCCCGUCUGGAACGAAGAUUUUAAAUUUCAGUUAAAACAGACGCCAGCGAAGAAGCCAUCCGAAAAAAUCGACCUUCAAAACCAGCUCGCCGGCCAUUUUUUGUCACUAACGAUAUACGCUUUGUUAGAAGCACCAAAACAAGACUCCGAGCGACGACGAAGUGCAAAAACCUUAGACACGAAAAAAACAAGUAAAAUAGGUGAUGAGGACGCAAUGAAACCAAAACCGGGGUUCCUUGAAAAAACCUUCAGUAGUUUUAAGUCGACAAAGGCAGAAGCCGCAGCACAAAAAAUGAUUUUGGAGAAACGGCGGACGGUAGGCGCCGCAACAUGGAACUUCGAUUCUAAACUGUUUCAGAACGACCUAAAAAAUGGUUUGAUCGGUACCCCCGAUAUAUGGAGGCCUAUAAACGCCAUCGCAAGCGGUUUAUCGGCAGCUGAAUCACGGAGAGAAAAUAAGAAGGGUCAAUUGGAGGUGACCCUACUGUACACGGCGAGCGAGGAUGGGCUCAAUGACACGGUGCAACUCACUAUCAACCGACUGCGGUGUAGUGUUCAGACCAUGCAAGAACAGGAGCAGUAUAAAGCGCCGCUGUAUUUGAAAGCCACAAUAUUGGAAGCGAAUAAAGCUGAGUGCUAUUGGAAGAGCGAUCGAUUCGUCCCCGCAAUAUCUGCCAGAUGGGAUCCGAAAUCUGCCACAGUAAAGCUAACUGUUUUCAAGGCGAAUUUGAGUAAAGUUAGCAUUUACAUUAGUCUAGGGUGUAAGACGAAAAUGGCGAAGAAGGAAAUAUUAGGGAAGGCGACUAUAGAUGAAAAAUCUUGUUAUGCCGACAGCUGGAAAGAGUGCCUCCGCCAGCCUGGAAUUCCCAAAACUUUCUGGGUCAACUUUGAAUAA